AUGGUGAUAUGGGUUUUUCAAUGGAUUUUGGAUACGGUGUUCUGGAAAGAUUUUGCCAGAACGAACAGAAACAGAGAGGUUUUAGGGAUUUUUCAAUGUGGGUUUGACCGGAGCAGUCAAAGAGACGAUUGUGGUUGCCUAGCCGGAGCUCCAGCGAGAUCUGGUCACCGAAACGGAGCUCUCCGUGCAGUUUCUCUCAAUCGCCGACCCCUUUCCCCUCUCAAACUUCUCUUAAUUUCGCUCAACUUCACUGCGUGUGUGCGUGAUGUAACUUCACUGCGUGUGUACGUGAUGUUGGAGACUUUGGAGAUAUCUUAUAAUUCACUUCAAGGAAACAUUCCAGAAGGUAUCGGAAAUCUUCACAACAUGAAAGUGCUAUCUAUACAAGGUAAUCAACUUAAAGGUUCUAUACCUUUCACAAUUUCCAAUAUUUCAAGAAUCGAAGUCAUUGCACUUGCAACCAAUAACUUAUCAGGAGAUCUUCCCAAUGGUUUAUGCAAUGGUAUCCCAAUAAUCAAAGGGAUUUUUUUAUCCACAAACGAGCUUCGAGAUCAUAUGCCUACAAGCUUAUCAAGUUGUUCUCAACUUCAAAUUUUGUCUUUAUCAUAUAAUGAGUUUGAUGGUCCAAUAAAUAGUGAAAUUGGAAGAUUGAGUAACUUGCAGAUAUUAGAACUCGGAACCAACCAUUUCUCUGGGAUAAUUCCACAAGAAAUUGGAAAUCUUGUUAAUUUGGUACAGUUAGCCAUGGAGGAUAAUCAGAUUACUGGUGAAAUACCCAAUGAGAUAAGCAAUCUCGUUGAGUUAGAGGAAUUAGUUCUUGGGGAUAAUGGAUUUAGUGGUUCACUUGAUGUGGAAAUCUUCAACAUAUCCGGGCUGAGAGUGAUUUCUCUUUCGGUCAACAAUCUAUCAGGAAGCCUCCCACCAAACAUGGGUUCUAUCUUACCCAACAUUGAAGAGCUUUAUCUGAGGAACUUAACCAAUCUUGUUGGGACUAUUCCUCAUUCCAUCUCCAAUUGUUCCAAACUUACUAUUCUUGAGCUUUCAAACAACAAAGUCACCGGCUUGAUUCCCAACUCACUUGGAUAUUUGACUCGUCUACAGUUUCUAAAUUUAGGGGGAAACAAUUUAACCAGCGACUCAUCAUUAAGCUUCCUGACUUCCUUAACCAAUAGCAGAAAUUUAAUAGUUCUUGAUAUGUUUUUCAACCCUCUAAAUGGCAUGCUUCCUGCCUCCGUGGGGAACCUUUCCACAUCUCUUUUAAAGUUUCACGCCAACAGUUGUAAAAUCAAAGGGCGAAUUCCAAAUGAAUUUGGGAACUUAAGCAGCUUAUUGUUCCUUGAUAUUUCUGAAAACAAUUUCGUUGGAUUGAUUCCCACAACAAUUGGAAACUUGAGAAACCUUCAGCGCUUCAUCUAG